AAGACCCAGGACGCCGCGCCUGCCACCGCGCAUGCGCCCCAGUGAGCGGCGGCUUCUCUGUGCUGAGGUGUGUCCUCCUCUUACCUGACGCUUCCUGUCCGCAGCCAGAGGUCGGAGGCGGUUGCCAUGGAGCCCGCCUGGAGACAGCAGGGCAGAGGACGGGGGCGGGGCCAGGAGGCUCCAGGUGAGAGGCCCCGCCCACAGCAGAAGGAGCGGGACAGGCCGGGGGUCUCUGCCGGAAGAGGAGCGAAGAACAAGACGACGGCGUCCCCAGAACCUGCGACAGGUGAGUCGGUCCAGUCCAAGUUUGAGGAGAUCCGGAGGUCCAACCAGGCUGCAGCCAAGCGACUGGUGGAGAGCCACGUCAGCUCGUCCUCUGAUGAAGACGAGGAUGAAGAGAACAAUGAUGACGGAGACAGACAGAGAGGGAAGAUCCUGGAGUCUACCUUCACCUCCUACACCAGCCAGACAGGUGGCGAUGCCUCGGGUCUGCUCAGAACCGGCCAGUACCUCAGCGACCUGUUCCAGUCUGGAGCGCUUACCUGUCUGAUCUGCAUCGCCUCCGUCAAGAGGACACAGCCGGUGUGGAGCUGCUCGGGCUGCUUCUCCCUCUUCCACCUGCCCUGCAUCCAGAAAUGGGCCAGAGACUCGGUCUUCCUCAUCUCCUCCGUCACCGAUGAAGACUUUGGUCAGAAGCAGCAUCCCUGGCCCUGUCCAAAGUGCCGCACUGAAUAUCCUCCCAGCGCCACGCCCAACAGGUACACCUGUUACUGUGGGAAGCUGCAGGACCCCCCCGCUGACCCCUGGCUGGUUCCUCACUCCUGCGGCUCCGUGUGCCAGAAGGAGCUGCGACCAGGCUGUGGACACACCUGUCUGCUGCUCUGUCACCCUGGUCCCUGUCCCCCGUGUCCAAAGAUGGUGGCCGUCUCCUGUAUGUGCGGCAAAGCUAAGCCCCUCCCCCGUCGCUGUAGCAACAAGUCGUGGUCCUGCCAGCAGCAGUGUGGCAAGCUGUUGGCCUGUAAACAGCACACCUGUUCUCAGCCCUGUCACACAGAGUGUCGCCCCUGCCCCCGGGUCAGCCUGCAGAGAUGCAUGUGUGGACGCCAGACUGCAGAGAGGCCCUGUGCCAGCCCCCGCUGGAGCUGUCAGCAGGUGUGCGGCGCUCCUCUCUCCUGUGGGAACCACACCUGUGAGGAGGCGUGUCACGACGGCGCCUGCCCUCCGUGUCCUCGCUCCGUCAGCAGAUCCUGUCCCUGCGGGAAGAACAAGUCGUCCCUGCCGUGCACCGAGGAAGUCCCGCCCUGCGGCGACACCUGCGACCGCCGCCUGUCCUGUCUGAAGCACACCUGCUCCAUGAGGUGUCACCGAGGCAGCUGUGAGACCUGCAGACAGGAGGUGGAGAAGGAGUGCCGCUGUGGGAAGUACAGGAAGCAGAUGGCGUGCCACAAGGAGUACCUGUGUGACUCCAAAUGCCCCAGAACCAGGAACUGCCAGAGACACCAGUGCAGGAGGAAGUGUUGCCCCGGUAACUGCCCCCCCUGUGACCAGGUCUGCGGUCGGACUCUGGGCUGCCGGAACCACAAGUGUCCGUCCGGCUGCCACCAAGGGAGCUGCUACCCGUGCCCAGAGACGGUGGAGGUCCGGUGUACCUGCGGCUCCGCGGUUCUGGUGGUUCCCUGCGGCCGAGAGAGGAGCACCAAGCCCCCCCGCUGCAAGGAGCCCUGCAGGUGCCCCCCCUCCUGCCACCACCGGACCAGGGACCCCCACCGCUGCCACCCGGGUGCCUGCCCCCCCUGCCGGCAGCCCUGCCUGCUGCCGCUGCCCGCCUGCCCCCACGCCUGCCCCCAGCCCUGCCACGACCUGGUUCUGGUCCGGUCCCAGCAGGUCCAGUUGGCCGGCCCGUGGGAGCAGCCGUCAGAACCGGCCUUCGUGAAGAAAGCGCUGCCGUGUCCGCCCUGCCAGGUGCCCAUACCCACGUCCUGCUUUGGAGAACAUGAGGUGAGCCCCGUACCGUGUCACCGCCAGGGACGCUUCUCCUGCCGGCGCCGCUGCGGCCGGCCGCUGGCCUGCGGGAACCACAGCUGCAGCCGGGAGUGUCACCUGGUUACCGCCGGCGACCAGUGCGAGGCGUGUGAGGACGGCUGCUCCAAGCCCCGCCCCCCCGGCUGCCCGCACCCGUGCCCCCGCCCCUGUCACCCUGGAGACUGCCCCCCCUGCAGCCAGAUGAUCCGGCAGCGCUGCCACUGCAGGAUCAGCACGCUCUACGUGGAGUGCAGGAAGUUGACUACAGCUGACGAGCAGACGAAGGUGGGGCUGGCCUCCUGCAACAACCAGUGUCCUAAAGAGCUGAGCUGCGGCCAUCGCUGUAAACAGGUGUGCCAUCCAGGCGCCUGUGAGGAGACGUGUCAGCAGAAGGUGAAGCUGCGAUGUCCCUGCAGGAGGAUCAGGAAGGAGGUGGUGUGCUCUCUGGCGGCUCAGAGCCUCCUUCAGUGUGACGACGUCUGCAGGGACCAGCAGAGGAAAGUCAGCCAGAUGAAGGAGGCGGAGCAACAAGCCGCUCUGGAGGAGGAGCAGAAGAAGCUUCAGGAGGAGCUGGAGGCCUUCGAGAAGCGGCAGCAGAGAGGAGGUCGCAGGGGGAAGAGGAGGGGGAGGAAGGAGGAGGGCGACGAGGAGCAGGAGAGGGCGAGGCGCUGGUGGAGGAGGUGCGCCGCCUUGGUCCUGGUGCCACUGGGUGGCGCUCUGCUGUCGGCUGCUGCUUUCUACCUGCUCAAUACGAGCUGAAGGUGUCCCGCUUACCUGGAGGACACCUGGAGGACACCUGGAGGCUGCUGUGGUCCACCUCUGGUCCUCCUCUGGUCCUCCUCUGGUCCUCCUGACGUUAAAUCUGCUCCCGCUGAUCCUGGAGGCUUUGACUGGUCCGUUCCUCUCCGGCAGAACCAGCGUUUCUCCUGUGUUUGUAGGAAAUGUUCUGAUUAAAGGAUGUUCUGGUUCCCUUUAGGUCCAGUAGCUCUUAGCUUUGAUUCUCUCCUGUUAACUCUUUGUUUCUGUUUAAUCUCCUGAUGUGUGAACGUUUAAAACUUCUUAAUUAGACUAAAACUACGAUCAGAGUCUUCAAAGACCGAAAAAAAAGUGGAUUUUUUUAUUAUUAUUUUUUUGAGAAAUUUCAGUUGAACGGACCAAUCAGAGACUGAUGUUUCUUUUCUGCUGAAAUAUUGGAGAAAAAAAA